AAAUAAAGAGAAAGAAAAUUCAAUUUCAGCAAGACCUUUCCUUUGUCUAAUCAGCCAUCAGUUCACCCCCAGAAAUGUCAACCACCAGCGUUCCGGCUACUCCACAAAGACCCAAAUGGCUCCAUUACUCACUAUAAAUAUCCUUCAGAUGCAGCGAACCGUUUUCUAUCAUUUUAUGUAACCACCAUAAAACAAAGAAAAUCUCAAAAGAAAAAACCUAAGAUUCUUACGACAUUAACCGUAUAAAACCUCCAACACAGCAACAAUAGAUUAAGUAUCAGCAUCGGCAGCUUAACCUUUGCCUCUUAACCAUGGCGGAUGAGUUCAACACAACCACAAACUGGUGGGAGUCUUCUAGGAACAGGUUUGAUACCGGCCCUUCUUCUUCAUCUUCAGGGCUUAAUAGUUUAGGCAGCUUUGCUUGGCCAUCGGAAAUGGUGGAUGUCAAAGGAAGGUCUUCUAUUGAGUCUGCCACCGUCUCAGAUAGUUCUGUAGUUUUUCAUGAUACCCAGAAGCUGCAACAAGGCCACGAUUCUGGUCCUGACUUGCAUAUGAUGGGUUUAGGCCUCUCUUCCCAGGCCAUGGAUUGGAACCAUGCUUUACUUCGCGGUGAUAAAACUGACGGCAGCUUCCGUUCGAUGCUGCAAGAGAACUUGAAUUCGAGCACGAGUUAUCAGCAAGAAACUGGGAUCGGAUCAUCUCAUGUUCAGUGGAGAGAGAGAAUGUUUAGUGGGGAUUCUUCCAUGAAUGAGUUUAAGCAAAUGGGCCGAGGUUUUUCUUUAGAUCAACCGCAGUUUAGUCCUCAUGAGAGCUCCAGUGAUAGUACUGUGACAUGUCAAGCUUUGCAGUCAUCUGGUUUCCAGAUGGAUUCAACUGCUAUCUACGGAAGCCCUUCAACGAUGUUGCAAGGUCUACUGGUAUCAGAUAAUCAACCGACACAACAGGCUUCUUUCGAGAACCGGCCGAUGAGCUAUCCAUAUGGGGCAAAUUAUGGGAUUAGUAGUAAUGAAUUGGUGCCUUCAUGGUCUAAUAAGGUGCCUCAGUUCUUGAGAAAUUCACCCCCUAAACAGCCUCCCCAUAGCCAAUUGCAUUUCUCCAAUAAUGCCCCCUUUUGGAAUGCAUCUGCAAGUUCCAUGAGUGAUGUUCGUCCAAACUUUUUCCCAUCGUUGCAACCUCAAUUUCCAACAUCAAAUUUCGAAGAAAAACCAAAGCAGAAUAUAUCUGAAAUACGGGAUUCGAGUACAGUAGUGAAGAAAAGUGGGAGUGAGCCAGCAGCAACAAAAAGGCCUCGAAAUGAAACACCAUCGCCCAUGCCAGCCUUUAAGGUGAGGAAAGAGAAGAUGGGGGACAGAAUCACUGCGCUCCAACAAUUGGUUUCACCUUUCGGAAAAACUGAUACAGCAUCAGUGCUCUCUGAAGCUAUUGAAUACAUCAAAUUCCUCCAUGAGCAAGUCACUGUACUAAGCACCCCGUACAUGAAAAGUGGAGCUCCCAUACACCACCAGCAGAGUUCUGACAAGUCUAACAAGGACCCAGAAGGACAAAAACCAGAUCUUAGGAGCCGAGGUUUGUGUCUGGUACCGAUUUCGAGCACAUUUCCGGUAACUCAUGAGACGACAGUUGAUUUUUGGACCCCUACAUUCGGUGGAACAUUCAGAUAGAAGGAAAGGGAAAUGGGUGAAAAUCGGGAGAACAGAUUCUACACAAGUAGGAGCAGAAGUUGCAUCUGAUCUUAUCAAAAACCCUAGCCAACUUGGGAAUGAUAAGAUUAUCAUCUGCGAUAAAAGAAAAGAAGAAACACACAGACACAGAGAUACAUAACUGCCAAAGUCCAGAAGUGGAGGAAAAAUAUAGAGAGAAAUUUUGAAAGAGAAAGAAAAGGAAAUGACCCUUCAAAGGUACAUUCCCACCCAGUGCUUGGGCAGCCACAGGCAAAAUGAUGCAGGUUGGCCAAUACAGGGACCAGUUGGAAACAUAUGAAUUGAUGUAAUAAUUGAAGAAUUAUAUGAUUAUAUAUAUUUAUAGUAGUGAUUAAUUUUAGGGAAUUAAAAGCAAUGUUGAUGAGAUUAGUUUAAUUAAUUUAAUAGAUUCGCAUUUAAUUUAA